AUGAACCGAACUGCUUUUGACAUCCAACCAAUUGGCCGCUUCUAUGGCUCCAAUACGACGAUUCGUCGUCCCAGAGAAAUAACUUCUUUCUCGUACGAUGAUAACCAUGAGUUUCAUCUGGGAGACCUGUCUCUGCGGUACUACUAUCCACCAAGUCUUCCGGCCGAUUUGAACAAAGGCUUUGAUAGUUUCCAGAAAUUGGAUGACGCCGGGGAUGAACAUCUCGAUGCUUUGUUGGAGAGUAUCAUAGCCUUGGAAAAGGAAACAGGAAAGAAAUGCGAAGCCGACAUCAUUACUUGGCGUGGCAUGAUGACGAAGAUCCUUACGGCCCCAUUUGACAAUAUGAAUGGUUUCAUCGAAGAGAACAACGCUUUCAAAAACCAGCAAAAGCAAAAACAACACAGCCAAAGAAUGCCACCUGGGAUGGCAUCCCAGGAAUUGAUGGCAUACUGGGGAUACAAGUUCGAGACCUUGUCGGUACUUGACCAGCCGUGGGAUCCGACACCCCGUCAUGAGAUUGAAAGUCGGGAAGAUCUAACCGUGAACAACAACGCCCAAUACUGUUCUGUAGCUCGCACCGGGAUAGGUCACACGAAGCUAGUCAUUGGCGGAGAGGUAGAUGCCUUGUGGGACUGCAAACCAGAUCGUAAGGAGGACCCUAUUAACUGGGUAGAGCUCAAAACUUCUGCGGAGAUCCGAAAUGAUCGCGACAUGUUUAAGUAUGAGCGAAAAUUAUUAAAGUUCUGGGCACAGUCAUUUCUACUUGGCGUCCCUAAGAUCAUUGUUGGUUUCCGCGACCAGCACGGUAUUCUCCGUCGUUUGGAGGAAGUUGAAACCGCCAGCAUACCUAGCAAAGUCAAGAAAGUUGGUCGGAACACCUGGGAUGGAAACAUCUGUAUCAACUUCACUGAUGCAUUCCUUGAGUUUCUCAAGUCCACCGUCAGCGAAGGGGGAACGUGGCGAAUCCGCAAGCAAGAGAAGUCCUCACUCAUCGAGCUCUACAAGGUCGAGGAGAGCGGAACCGGCGAUAUCAUUUCUUCAUCCUUUUUGGAAUGGCGGGCAUCGGCUAAUGCAACUGCCGAGUCAUGA